AAUCAAUCACCCAGGUCUGGAUCAAAGGCGUCUCAUAGUCUAGUAGAUUUUUUCACCGCGCCAACAUGGGCAACGACGAGCCUGUGGCCGUCAAGUUCAAGGCUGAGACCUUGGAAACCGAGGGAAAAGAAGGUGACCUGACCGCUAGUAUCCAGAGGUACUUUCACACAUCGACAUUUUCGGACUUGACAAUUGUCACCAGCGACCAGAGAUUUGAAGUACACAAACUGAUCGUCUGUGGACAAUCGGGGUAUUUCUCUAAUCUUUUCAAGCACAAUUGGAAAGAAGUAACAGACAAUGCUAUACGACUCGAAGAGGACGAUCCGAGGGCAGUGGAAGCAAUGAUCCACUUCCUGUAUGGAUUCAAUUACGAUAGCAGUGGUAGCGAUCGGGGCCGAACGUCUCCAAUGCUGUUCAAUGUCAACGUCUAUCAAACCGGGGACAAGUACGACAUCCCGAAGCUCAAAGAGCAAGCGAAGGAGAAAUUUGCAGUUGCUCUCAAGAACUGCUGGGAAAUGGACGACUUUCCCGUUGCCAUCGAAAGAGCCUAUUCAACUACAGUCGCGUCAGACAGAGGACUUCGAGACCUUCUUGUUGAUACAUGCUUGGAACAUAUCGACAAGUUACUGGGGAAUGACGACUUCAAACGGGUCUUGAGGGAAACGCUCGACUUUGCGGCCGACCUUGUACAGAAACGAGAUUAUCAAUCCGGCAGGACAACAUACCGCUGUCCUGACUGUAGCGAAGAUUGGAGCGUAGUGUGUUCCACGACUGUUGCAUACUGUCCCUUAUGUGGAUACCGUGCCACUUGGAGUCGCCACGUCAAGAAUAAUACUUGAAAUAUGUGGUCACAAAGUACACUAGUUGUGAGGCAGAGUUUGGACACUGUAUGAAAGUGAGGUGCAGAAUGUUGUGAAUUGAUAAGACUAGGGAGCUGGACUAUCUUAAGAAAAUUUCUUUCUA